AACAAGAAAAGCGAAAAAGAACAAGAAGUGAGAGUGGGGGUCUUCUAGGGUUAGGGUUUGACCGUUGCACGCGAUCGAGGGUUUUCGACUCCCAGCCAAAUCACCGCGAUAUCCCGGUAUUCCGGCGCGAUUCGCUACUCGGUCUACGAUCUCGCGUCUCUGAAACUCCUAAUUUUCGGGAACGCCGGAAAACCGCCUCAAGGGUUCCAGAGACCUCUUCCAGCAUUGCGGGGGUGGAACUGCGGAGUGGGUUGCGGAUGUAGCGUCGUCAUCGGGGGGGGUCAGAGGCGGUAUUAGCAUUGGCGUCGCCGGAGGCAUUCGAGCUCCGGUUCUAUAGGGUUUUGGAAACCCUAAAGAUCGCGCCUUUAAGGGGGUGGGCCUGGGCAUGCAAUCCGGGAACGUCCGGAAUCCGGCGGCCACCCCGCCUCCAGGGCGGUCGCCGCCAUCGUCCGCCGCGUCACCUUCCUCCUCCUCUUCCGCCGUCUCCGCUCCGAACCACCUGGGCUUCGAAUCUCUUCAGCACCAGCAACAGCAGCUGGCAUAUAGGCAGGCUUUACAGCAACAGGAACACCAACAGAAACUGCAGCAGCUAAGAAAAUCUGAAGUUGAUAAAUCCCUUCUUACUUAUCAAUCUACUAGUACACAUGGGCCCACUUCAGGAACUGGUUUUCCGACAACCCCUGGACCUUCACAUCUGUCUCAGUUGUCAAAGAAGUAUGGUAACAUACCUCAUCAUCCUGGUGCUGUUCAUGUCCCCGAGGAAAAUGAAAAUAAAGGGCAGGGUGUAGGACACCAAAUGCAGAAUCCACUUCAUCAAGCUUACCUCCAAUUUGCUUUUCAAGCUGCUCAGAAGUCUCAUGGGAAUUCAGUAGUACUGCAGCAAGGUAAAAUGAAUAUGGCUGGUCCAUCUCAAAGGGAUCAGGACAUGCUUAUGAACAAAUUAAAGAUGCAGGAACUUAUGUCACUCCAGGUAGUUAAUAAGUCGCAGAUGCCUAUGCUUAAUAGGACAGCCGAACAAUUCACAUAUGCUGAGAAGCACUUGGAACUAGGUCAUACUAGCACUGAUCAAAGAAAUGAUCUGAAGCCUCUCCCAGCAGACGGGCAGUUAGCAUCUGUUAACAUGGUAGUGCCAGGACAGCCACUUCAGUUGCUGCAUUCUCAAGCUAGUGUGCAGAAUUCUGCAAACAAUCAAUUAGAGAUGGCACAGGUACAAGCAAUGCAGGUGUGGGCAAAGGAACAUAAUAUUGAUCUGUCUGUUCCUGCUAAUUUGAGUUUGAUUUCUCAAAUCCUACCCUUUUGGCAGUCCAACAGAAUGGCUGUGAUGCAGAAGCCAAAUGAAACUAGGCCCACAGCACAACAAUCUUGUUUUCCGUCUUUGAUGCAACCAGCAAUGCCAUCGCCAAUUGGCACUGAAAAUUCAGCAAAUGUUAACUCUCCAAGUGAUUUGCCUGGUCGGUAUAGCUCUUAUAAAUGUCAUCAGGCACUUCCGUCCAGUUCGCUCCCUGGUGGUGGUGAUACCAUUGGCAUCAAUCCCAAUACUUUGCAAAUUCAGCGGCAGGUUGCUGGUCAUAACAGGAUCAACCAGAAUGAGGGGACUGUUAAAACCCCAAUUACCACUGAAUGUGGUGGGCAAGUUACACAUUUAACAAAUUCGUCUGGUAACUUGAAUCAGACCCUAGAAAAGUCUGAUGCUAAGAACACUUUUACAGGCAGUGAAAUGCAGCAAAUGCAGAAUUUGAGGUCCUUGCAGCAGUUGGAUAGAUCCAGUUUCUUACCCGCGGUUCCUAGAAAUGGUACUGUGGGUACUCAAGUUCCAAGCGAAGGUGGAUUUGCUCAGAUAGCAAAACAACGUAUUGGGUUCACAAAGCAACAGCUUCAUGUUCUGAAGGCCCAAAUCUUAGCUUUUAGGCGUCUCAAGCGUGGUGAACGAAGUCUACCACCUGAAGUUCUUCAAGCAAUUGCAGAUACCCCGGUUGAUUCUCAGCCAAAGCAUGGUCACAUUCAGUCUGGAGUUAACCAGGACUUGGUAACGAAUGCCAAGAGCAAUGAUAACAAACAUAGGAGACAUGUGGAGUCUAACGAUCAGGCUCAGCGGUCUGCUCCAAUGAGUGAAGGCCACAUGCAGCUGAAGGAUGAAAGCUUUACUGGAGAAGAGAAAGCUGCUAGUGUCAAUCAAAUGCAAGGUACAGCAGGUUUAGAGAGGGAAGCUGUAUGCAAGGGAUCUAUUGGUAAGUCAGAAGAUAGCAGUUCUAUUGUCAAAUCUGACCACGAGGUUGAAAAGGGAAGUCAAGAUUUAUCUAGCAGAGGUGACUACUAUAUUGACAAGGGAAAGCCUGUACCAGUGGAUGGCACAAUAAUGGUUCCUGAGCAGUUGAAAAAGCCUGCCUCAACAAGUAGCACGACACCUCCCAGAGAUGGUAUUUCACGAAAGUAUCAUGGUCCAAUUUUUGAUUUCCCAUCAUUUACAAGGAAACAUGACUCCUUAGGAUCAACAACUGCAAAUUACUCUACUAAUUUGACAUUGGCUUAUGACAUUAAAGAUUUGCUAUUUGAGGAAGGUAAGAUUGUGUUUAACAAGAAAAAGGUAGAGAAUCUAAAGAAGAUUAGUCGGUUGCUUACUGUUAAUUUAGAAAGGAGAAGAAUUAAGCCCGAUCUUGUGAUACGGUUGCAAAUUGAAGAGAGAAAACUCAAGCUUCUUGAUCUUCAGGCUCGUCUAAGGGAUGAAGUUGAACAACAACAACAGGAGAUAAUGGCAAUGCCUGAUCGGCCAUACCGCAAGUUUGUUAGGCAAUGUGAACAGCAACGUGCUGAGCUAACAAGGCAAGUUCAACAGUCGCAAAAAGCAUCCAGAGAGAAACAACUGAAGUCUAUCUUUCAAUGGCGUAAAAAGCUCUUAGAGGCUCACUGGGCUAUUCGUGAUGCUCGGACUGCACGAAACAGAGGGAUUGCAAAAUAUCACGAGCGCAUGUUAAGGGAGUUUUCAAAGAGAAAGGAUGAGGACAGAAAUAAAAGAAUGGAAGCAUUGAAGAACAAUGAUGUGGAUAGGUAUCGUGAAAUGUUACUAGAGCAGCAGACGAACAUCCAAGGAGAUGCAGCCCAACGUUAUGCUGUUCUUUCUUCCUUUUUAUCUCAGACUGAAGAGUAUCUUCGGAAGCUUGGCAGUAAAAUUACAGCUUCAAAGAGUCACCAAGAGGUUGAAGAGGCAGCAAAUGCUGCUGCAGCUGCUGCACGAGCUCAGGGUCUCUCAUCUGAAGAGGUCAGAACAGCAGCAUCAUGUGCGGGAGAGGAGGUAAUGAUAAGAAACAGGUUCUCUGAAAUGAAUGCUCCAAAGGACAGCUCUGCUAACAAGUAUUAUAAUUUGGCUCAUGCUGUGAGUGAAAGGGUCAUAAGGCAACCCUCAAUGCUACGAUCUGGAACAUUAAGAGACUAUCAGCUUGUCGGGCUGCAGUGGAUGCUUUCCUUGUACAAUAACAAGUUGAAUGGAAUUUUGGCGGAUGAGAUGGGUCUUGGCAAGACUGUCCAGGUAAUGGCAUUGAUUGCUUACCUGAUGGAGUUCAAGCGGAAUUAUGGUCCACAUUUAAUUAUAGUUCCAAAUGCUGUUUUAGUGAACUGGAAGAGUGAGCUGCUAAAUUGGCUGCCGUCUAUAUCAUGCAUUUUUUACGUUGGCGGGAAGGAGGAAAGGUCUAAGCUUUUCUCUCAGGAAGUUUGUGCUGUCAAGUUUAAUGUGCUGGUAACAACCUAUGAGUUUAUCAUGUAUGAUCGUUCUAAGCUAUCAAAAAUUGACUGGAAGUAUAUAAUCAUCGAUGAAGCACAAAGGAUGAAGGAUAGGGAGUCAGUUUUGGCACGCGAUCUUGAUAGAUAUCGUUGCCAGCGAAGACUACUACUUACUGGAACACCUUUGCAGAAUGAUCUUAAGGAGCUCUGGUCCCUCUUAAAUCUACUUCUUCCAGAAGUUUUUGAUAAUCGCAAGGCAUUUCAUGAUUGGUUCUCAAAGCCUUUUCAGAAAGAUGGUCCACCACAAAAUCAGGAGGAAGAUGAGUGGCUUGAGACUGAGAAGAAGGUGAUAAUCAUCCAUCGGCUGCAUCAGAUUCUGGAACCUUUCAUGCUAAGAAGGCGUGUUGAGGAUGUCGAAGGUUCACUUCCUCGAAAGGUCUCCAUUGUUCUGAGAUGCAGAAUGUCAGCUAUCCAGGGUGCCAUUUAUGACUGGAUUAAAUCUACUGGUACUCUCAGGGUUGAUCCUGAGGAUGAGAUGCGCCGAGUUCAAAAGAAUCCGCUGUACCAGGUUAAAAUGUACAAGAAUCUUCACAAUAGAUGUAUGGAGUUGAGGAAAGUUUGUAAUCAUCCUUUGCUUAACUAUCCUUAUUUUAGUAACUAUUCCAAGGACUUCAUUGUUAGAUCAUGUGGGAAACUUUGGAUUCUUGAUAGGAUUCUCAUAAAACUUCAGAGAGCAGGUCAUCGUGUACUUCUGUUUAGUACCAUGACUAAACUUCUUGAUAUAUUAGAGGAAUACCUACAAUGGCGGAGACUUGUCUAUAGACGAAUAGAUGGUACAACAAGCCUCGAGGACCGAGAGUCAGCAAUCGUGGAUUUCAACAGCCCUGACUCUGAUUGUUUUAUCUUUUUGCUUAGCAUUCGUGCUGCUGGAAGAGGUCUAAAUCUCCAGACUGCAGAUACAGUUGUAAUAUAUGACCCAGAUCCAAAUCCCCAGAAUGAAGAGCAGGCAGUGGCAAGAGCUCACCGAAUUGGACAAAAGAGAGAAGUGAAAGUCAUAUACAUGGAAGCUGUUGUUGAUAAAACCUCGAGCUAUCAAAAAGAAGAUGAAUUGAGCAGUGGAGUGGCAGGAGAAUCAGAGGAUGAUCUUGCUGGUAAAGAUCGCUAUAUUGGGUCAAUUGAGAGCCUUAUACGGAACAAUAUCCAACAAUAUAAGAUGGACAUGGCUGAUGAGGUCAUAAAUGCUGGUCGUUUUGAUCAAAGAACAACACAUGAGGAAAGACGGAUUACUUUGGAGAUGCUACUUCAUGAUGAAGAGAGAUAUCAAGAAACUGUGCAUGAUGUUCCUUCUUUGCAGGAAGUGAAUCGUAUGAUUGCUCGUAGUGAAGAGGAAGUUGAAUUAUUCGAUCAAAUGGAUGAAGAUCUUGAUUGGACUGCAGAUAUGGUAAAACACAAUGAAGUCCCAAAAUGGCUUCGAGUUAGUUCAUGUGAGGUAGAAGCUGUUGCUGCUAAUUUAUCAAAGAAGCCUUCAAAGAACAUCUUAUCUGGCAAUAUUGAACUGGAACCAAGUGCAAUAUUUUCUGGUUUGUCCCCUAGUAAAACUGAAAGGAGGAGGGGCCGCCCUAAGAGUUCAACUGCCAAAAACAUCCCUAUCUACCAGGAAUUGGAUGAUGAAGAUGCUGAGGAUUCAGAUAUUGACUCAGAGGAGAGGAAUGCAUUUGAAGAAGAGGGAGAAAUUGGAGAAUUCGAAGAUGAAGAGUUCAAUGUUGCCGAUGAUGUGCUUCCAGUCCACAAGGAUCAAGAAGUGGAGGGAAUGGAUUAUAAUAAUGGUGCAUAUGAGUUCUCGCAAACAAUGGACGGUGGCCAAAAUGUUCAUGCAUUUGAAGAAGCUGAUUCCACAGGAUCAUCUUCUGGAAGUCGUAGAUUGCCACAACCCGAAACUCCUUUAUUGGUUUCACAAAAGUUUGGAUCACUUUCUGCUUUAGAUGCCAAACCAGGUCUUCCUUCAAAAAAGAUGGCUGAUGAGCUAGAAGAAGGUGAAAUUGCAGUAUCAGGUGACUCCCACAUGGAUCUGCAACAAUCAGGUAGUUGGCUUCAUGACCAUGAUGACGGAGAGGAUGAACAGGUUUUGCAACCAAAAAUAAAGCGUAAACGGAGCAUGCGUAUGCGCCCAAGAUGUUUUUCUGAAAGAACUGAUGAAAAAUCUAGCAGCGAGAGGAUCUUCCCCCACCAUUCUUCAAGGUUGCCCUUGCAGGUUGACCAUGAAUAUGCCAUGCCAGCCAGAACUGAAAAGCUCAAAGCAUUUGCUGAGGUUGGUUUGCAAAGGCAUGUGACAGGUAGCUCAUCAUUGAAGCACAGACAUAAUGUCCCAUCUAAAAAGAUUUCACCUCAGCAGAAGUCUGGCAGGUUAAGUUACUUUUCUGGGUCUGCAGAAGAUGGUAAUGAACAUUCUAGGGAAAGUUGGAAUGGUAGGACCAACAGCUCUGGUGGCCCAACCUUUGUGGGCGUAAAAAUGUCCGACAGUACACAAAGAAAGUGCAAGAAUGUCAUUAGCAAGCUGCAGAGGAGAAUAAAUAAAGAUGGUAAUCAAAUUGUGCCAAUUUUGUCUGAUUGGUGGAGAAAUGCGAACUCAAGUUUGGCCAUUCCUCUCGUGGUGCAUGGUACCCUAGAUCUUCAGAUAAUUGAAUUGCGUGUGGACAACUUAGAGUACUCUGGUGUGACAGACUUUAUAGCAGAUGUGCAGUUGAUGCUGAAAAAUAUAGUUCGACAUUUCAACUAUUCUUCUGAGGUGAGAAGUGAAGCAGAGAAGCUUCGAGAUCUGUUCUUUCAUAUAAUGAAGAUUGCAUUUCCAGAUUCAGAUUUUCGAGAAGCCAAGAAUGCAGUGACCUUUUCUAGUCCCGGGGGAUCUGUGACGAUGCAACCUCAGAAGCUGCCUUCCUCCAGCAAAACCAAGCAGCAAGGCCCAACUAACAAGUUGGAGACAGUCACCGUCCGGGAUAAGGUCGUACCCCAUAGGGCCACUCCUAUAGGCGGCGAAGAGAGGACCAAGUCGUCUUCUUCCAAGCACCAGAAGGAGUCAAGGUCAGUUUCUGGCAGCUUGAAGGAGCAGGCACCUGAAUGUUCCCAGUUUUUGACGCACCCGGGUGAUCUGGUUAUCUGCAAGAAGAAGAGGAAAGAAAGAGAUAAAUCUGCUGUCAAGCAAAGAACUGGUUCUGCAUCCCCAUCCAACCCUGGUCGAAUGGGCCCACUGUCUCCACCCAGUACGGGACGUGUGGCCUCUGCACCAUCGCCCACGAUGAACAGAAGUUCCAGUUUAUCAUUUGGGAAAGAUUCACGUCAUGCUCGACAGGCGAAGCAUCCAUCGGUCUGGCCACACCGUGAGAUGCAGCAGCUUGGUGAUGGAGAUGGUGGCCGUCAUGGCAUAGGAGAUGUACAAUGGGCGAAGCCUGUAAAGAGAAUGAGGACAGACACCGGCAAAAGACGGCCGAGUCAUAUGUGAGUAUCAUGAUGUAUAUAUUACAUCACCUGUUAGUAUAUUCUGCAUUCAAUGCUUUGCUACGGUGGUCUCUUGUACAAGAGGAAUUAGCAUCCUCUCUCACCAUCCUUUUGGUUCCCCAUCUCACCUUUGAGGCUUCACUGGGGGUGGUGGUGGUGGCUGUGAUGUUGUUGUAGACUUACAGCUGAAGAAAAAUCUAGUGUAUUAUUUAAUUGCUCUGCU